CUCCUAUUAAAAGCGUUUCCUGAUGAGACAGUGGUCACUUGUGGUUUUCUACCUCACCAGACUUCACGCUUUUUACGCGCACCAGCUACAGUAGAUAUCUGACUCCUUCAUCCUCGCAGGGGGGUCCAACGUCAGAGUAGUGUUUAAAACGCAGAUUAUUCCUUGGGCAUGGGGUUUCAGUGUAAUGCAUUUUGACUUGAGUUAUUGGUUUUAUCCAGCGCUCUGUCUUGUAUUCUGCACCAUGGCGAACUCUUAAACGCUGUACCGUUGGCUACUACGGUGUAUUUAUUCUGCCUGCCCCAAAUCUGACAAAGAUCUAACCCUUCGAAGGGUUUCAAACUCACUUCUUUUUUUUUUUUUAUCAACGAAAGCCGACAGCAACUAGCGCUUUGGAACUCUGUGGAGACGCCAUUUGGCAAUGACAUCGCUCCCGUGCGCUCUGUGCAUAAUAUGGAUAUGUCUGGUCUGUCAUUCGACGGGAACGGGAUUUAUUUACCAGUUUCCCGGAGUGACUGGUCAAAGCGUCAACUCGAAGCAGAGCGCGACCACAGGUUCACCAGGCAGCGGAUCGAAAAUUCACCUCAGGAACUGGUGCCAGUACACUGUGUUGAGGACAGUGAAGUGCCAGGUGCACAAUGGGACAGAGACCACGGUYCAGAGAGUGUUCCAAYGCUGCCGUUGGCCAGGACCCUGCUCCAAACUCAUCAGCUACAGGACCGUGGUCAGGCCGUCUUACAAGGUGGCCUAUCGGCAGGUCACAGCUCGGGAGUGGAGGUGCUGUCCUGGGUUUGUAGGAGAAGAAUGUCGAGAAGGAACUGGUGCCAGUACACUGUGUUGAGGACAGUGAAGUGCCAGGUGCAAAUGGGACAGAGACCACGGUACAGAGAUGUGUUCCAAAGCUGCCGUUGGCCAGGACCUCGCUCCAAACUCAUCAGCUACAGGACCGUGGUCAGGGCCGUCUUACAAGGUGGCCUAUCGGCAGGUCACAGCUCGGGAGUGGAGGUGUGUCCUGGGUUUGUAGGGAGAAAUGUCGAGAAGCCUAAUAUAAACCAUUAA